GCGGCAGCGGCUGCCGGGAAGAGCAGGCGACCCGAGGCCCGGGAGAGGAGGUGACCGAGGCGCCGCCAUGUGGCAGCUGCUGCUCCCGCUGGCCCUGUGGCUGGGCACCGUGGGCUGGGGCAGGGCCGAGCUCACUGCCACCCAGCGCCGGGGCCUGCAGGUGGCCCUGGAGGAAUUCCACAAGCACCCGCCUGUGCAGUGGGCCUUCCGGGAGACCGGCGUGGACAGUGCCACGGACACACCCUUCCCAGCAGGGACUUUUGUGAGGCUGGAAUUUAAGCUCCAGCAAACGAGCUGCCGAAAGAAGGACUGGAAGACGGCCGAGUGCAAAGUGAAGCCCAAUGGGAGGAAGCGGAAGUGCCUGGCAUGCAUCAAACUGGACCCCGAGGAUAAAGUCCUGGGCCGCAUGGUCCACUGUCCCAUGCAGACGCAGGUCCGACGGGAGCAAGAGGAGCGCCUGGAGGCCCAGUGCAUCCGGGUGGAGCGGGCCGGCGAGGACCCUCACAGCUUCUACUUCCCCGGACAAUUUGCCUUCUCCAAGGCACUGCCCCCCAGCUGAGCCUGACAGAAUCCCUUCCCGCUUUCCGGGCAGCUGGGGGGAACCAGUGAGGAAGGCCUCCCUCUGCUGCACCCCGAGGGCCCCGAGGGCCAACCCACCCCUGCACCAAUAAAAUCGCAUUCUCACCUCCCCCGCCUCCCUCACCUGCUUGGCUCAGGCCC